GAUUGCACACGUGUGUUAUGUAACAUUUCUAUAGUCUCUCUAUACAUGCUGUAUGCAUUACUUUUUAGGUUUCAGUGUAGUGACAUUAAGUAGCAUCCAACAGAUAAAAUAAUCAUGGAUGAAGAAAAAAUGGAAGAGUUGGUAAAAUUGGAUAUUAAAGUCGAGAAUGACAUUGAUAAUGAUGAAAGUAGUACGGACAAAGAUACGCUAGAUGAAAGUGGUGAUGCAGACUGGAAUGAAAGGGAAACAUGGGGUGGAAGAUUCGAGUUUCUUCUUUCCCUUGUUGGAUUUACCGUAGGGCUUGGGAAUUUAUGGAGAUUUCCGUAUUUCUGCUACAGGAAUGGCGGAGGAAUCGCCAUUAUUCCAUUUUUCUUGUUUCUGUUGAUAUGUGGCGGUCCACUUUACUACAUAGAAGUAUGUUUGGGUCAGUUCUCCGGGAAGUCUCCCAUUACCGUCUGGAAUAUAUGUCCACUAUUCAAAGGAAUUGGUCUUGUGAUGGUGACUACAUCUUUGAUCUACGUCUGGUAUUUCGGCACGGCGUUUGGCUGGGUAUUCUACUUCCUGUUUAUGUCUUUCUACCCAACCUUACCGUGGAGCACGUGCGAUAAUGCCUGGAAUACAGAAAAUUGUAUAGAUUCAACUACAAACAUUACAGCAAAAUUACAGAAUGUGAGCUUGGGAACACAAUUACGAUCGUCAGGAACGGAAUUCUGGGAACGAAACGUUCUUGGUUUAUCGUCUGGAAUAGAAGAACUUGGAUCAAUACAACUUCACCUUGUCGGGUGUACGUUCCUCGGUUGGCUGCUGGUAUUCCUUUGUCUUGCGAAAGGUGUAAAAUCUUUAGGAAAGGUCGUGUACGUGACGGCAACGUUACCUUAUGUUUUGUUACUGAUAUUACUGGUGCGUGGAGUCACUCUGGACGGGGCUUGGAUUGGUCUGCAGCUUUACGUCAUCCCAGAUUUUAGCAAACUUGCAAACGGAAAGAUGUGGAUAGAGUCGGCAAUACAGUGUUUUUACUCACUGGGUCCGGCAUGGGGUGGUUUGAUUACUAUGGCCAGCUUCAACAAGUUCAACCAUAAUGCCUUAAGGGACACAGUUAUUGCGUGUUGUGCGGACGCUUUCACUGCGUUUUUAGGUGGUAUAGUUGUGUUUUCCGUGCUGGGGUUCUUGUCAAAGGAAACAGGGACAUCUUUAGAUAAACUGCCAUUCUCAGGAGCGGGCUUAGCGUUUAUAGCAUACCCGGAAGCUUUGAGUCGUCUGCCCGCGCCGAACCUUUGGUCCGUGUUAUUCUUUACAACACUUGUUUUGGUUGGAAUUGACACGCAGUUCGGUAUAUUUGAGACAGGAGCCAACGCGUUAAUCGACCUGAAUUACAAGAAGUUCAGUAAAUACCGGCUAUGGAUCUCAGCAAGCCUUGCCUCAGGUCUUUUCCUAUUAGGUCUACCAUUUACUACCUCAGGUGGUUACUAUAUAUUUAUGCUGAUAGACUGGUAUGUGGCUAUGUUUGGUAUUGUAUUCACAGCUCUGCUAGAAUGUGUCGUUGUAGCCUGGAUAUAUGGUGCGGAUCGUUUCUCUGAUGAUAUAGAGAUGAUGACGGGAUCUCGGCCAUCUCAGAUACUCAGACUCAUCUGGUGUUUCUGCAUUCCAACAUUUAUAGGGGGUAUAUUACUUACAACAUUAUCAACAUAUUCAAACUCGACAAUUGGCUAUGAUUACCCGGUGUAUGCCAUAGUUAUAGGAAAUAUAAUAGCCUUUGGACCUUGUAGUUUAAUUUUCAUUAUUGCUAUUGUCCAGCUGAUCAAAGCAAAGGGAACUCUUUAUCAGAGGUUAAGCCACCUGCUUCGACCUGACGAAACAUGGCUGCCCAAUGACAACAAGAAGAGGCAGAUCUAUCGCCAGUUUCCCUAUCGUUAUGAAGAUAGGCUUGAAGGACGCUUGAAAAGAAAUGUGCUUGGUCUCAAACAACAGUGAUAAAUUCCAAAUUUGACAAAUUAUUUCUUUUUCCGUGUCUUAAACCGAUAGUGUAAGCGUCGAAAUGACCUUGAACAAAAAUUCAAUAAAGCGCCGUUAGGACAAACAGCAGCUAUAGUGUUAAAUAAGCGUCUGUUUGACAAGAAGAGCAAAUAACAAGCGUUGGUGUGAUAAAGAAGAUCAAAAUAUGCGUCUGAAUUUACCAAGAUCAAGAAAAAACAAUAAAAUUUAGUUUUAAGAAAUAGAAACUGUUAUCAUACUGUAUCAACAAA